AUGGAUAUUGCAACAGAGGCACCCAAAGCUCCUUUGACAAGUGAAAGGAAGAAUGUUGGAUCAGAUUUGGCAAGGGCAUUGAACACUUCAAGUGUGGAAAAUCCACAUGGAACAGUACCAGGACACGACAACAAUGGAAUGAGUGUUCUUCAGCAACAUGUUUCCUUUUUUGAUCAAGACAAAGAUGGAAUUGUUUAUCCCCGGGAAACCUACAGAGGUAUGAGAAAUCUAGGUUUCGGUCGGUUCGAAAGCUUUCUUGCUGCAAUCCUCAUCAAUGGGGCAUUGAGUUACUGGACUCUCCUUGGAUGGCUACCAAAUUUACAUUUCCCUUUAUACAUAGAUAGAAUACAUAAAUGCAAGCAUGGAAGUGACUCUUCAACAUAUGACACUGAAGGAAGGUUUAUGCCAAUGAACUUCGGAAGUAUUUUCAGCAAGUAUGCUCGAACUGUGCCCGACAAGUUAACAUUUGGAGAACUAUGGCAUAUGACUGAAGCUAAUCGAAAUGCAUAUGACUUCAUUGGCUGGAUAAUAGCAAAGGGAGAAUGGAUACUUUUGUAUAGACUUGCAAAAGAUGAAAAUGGUUAUCUGUCAAAAGAAGCUGUGAGGGGUUGUUUCGAUGGGAGUUUGUUUGAACACGUUGCCAAAAUGAAUACUACUGGUAACAAAAAGAGCCAUAGAUUGAAGGAAUGAAGGUUGUGGCUUUGACAUACGUGUUGUUUGAGUAUGUUGCCAAAAUAAAGAAUAAUAAUCACUGCUUUAACAGAUGUAUUUAAGUGUUUUAUUAAAUUGGUGUUGCUCCUUAUCGGAUUUCAACCCAAUUAUGAAAUUAUCAAAAUAAUUUAUUUUAUAAAGUAAUAAAUAUUAUUUUAAGAGUAA